GCUUUCUGUGUUUGUUAGUGGGCGGUAUCCACGCUUUGGCGGGCUGUUGCGAGCUUGCAGGGAAUGGAAGCAGAGAUGGAGGUCAGCGGCUGCAGCGUUUUGGAGUUGGAGGAAAAUAAACGCGAACCCGAACUGGAACUAGAACCAGAACCCGGGACUGGGAACGACGCAGAUAUCGGGGAUGCGGCUGAAAAAGGAGGCCCUUCGGAGGCAAACGGUGAUGGCGGUGCGGACGGGUCCGAGAGUCGGGACACCCAGCAGAACUUGAACCUGUCGAGCGGGCCGAGCGGUUCCGGUUCGGAGCCCAAGAGGACCCGGCUAAAGCUGUUCAACAAGGUCAUGGAGAAAAGUUUGCAAAGACUAAUCACGGACGCGAGUUUUCAGAGGUUUGCCCACACCUUCCACCCGUUCUACAAGCUGCAGCCCCGUGUCACCCAGAGCAUCCACAGGACCUUCAUCUCCCAGCUACAGACCUCCAUUCAGGAUGACAUUUCCCAGAUCAUGGAGGAAGGGAAUUUACAAGCACAGCUGGACGAGUUGGACCGGCUGCAGGAGGAGGCCUCAGACACAGCAGAACCAGCCUGGCGUCCUAGCGGGGUCCCAGAGCAGGAUUUCCAAAGCUUCCUGAUUCCCUAUUACCUGCAGCAGCAGGAGUUCCUGCGCAAGGCUGUGAAGUCGCUGGAGCAGGAGAACGGCAGGCUGGCCCAGUCCGUGCAGGCCGGGAGAGAGCGGCUCAGUGAGGCUGAGAAACAGAUCCGGGAGAGCCUGGGGGAGUGGCAGGUCUCUGAGACGUUCUAGAAGCGCAGCAGAAAGGAAGCCUCUCCAAACCAGGGCUUGCUGUUGCAAGUGAAACUGGGAUCCUUUUUUUUUUUUUGGGACCUCGGUCUGGACAGUGUUUGGGGCAGGGUGGCUAAAUGUGGUUCACACUUGCUUUUAUAUACAACGGUGCCCAUAAGAAUUAAACCUCUAUUAAUGUCAGUAUCAUUCUCCACAGCAACAAGUUAUACAUGUUGAUUUAACACGGGUAGUCAUGCUGCCAUUUAAAAGCGAGUUUUGAGAUUUCAAAGUCCUGUCUGAUUCAGAGGGCAUCUACUAUAGGAAGCAGAAAUCAGUGGGGUUUUUGAUUAACUAGUAACAGCACAUUCUGCACAAAAAGUUUAAAAGAUGAAAAAUUCUAUAUAUUAAAAAAACAUAUAUGGGAUGCUGGCUUUGUGGAGGAUCUCUUCACGUUGAUUGCUAUUGGAAUGAAGUCAGCUCCUCAAGUGGCGCGGGGGUGGGGGGUGGUGUUGGGCUGUGCACUGAAGCCCACACUCCCAUACUGUAGGUAAUUGUAAGCUAUGGAAAAGGGGCAGUGCUGAAGUUUACACUGUGUGCUCCUGGCUGCCUCCCAGAUACAUCCACCAAUCGGAGCACAGUCUUGUAAAGGUCACCCUCGGCUUAAAAUGGAACCAAUGCUGGUUUCAAGUGUGAGUGUCUCGGUUCUGAAAACAGUUGUUCAGCAAGUAGUGGGAACACAUUACACACUUUAUGUGUAUAAUACUAAUAUAGUGAUUUAAUGGAGUCCAGUAUUAACCAGGCCUGGGUUAAAUCCGAAUGAUGCCAGCGCUGUAUCCGCAGCCAUGCCUUUAAUUGGGGUCAUGAAGCAAGUCUGCUGGUGUCCUUCUGUGGGAAUGAGCGGAUCGGCUCCACUGAAGCUUAAUCGAGUUUUAUGGGGGCGCCAUAUCUAUGCUUUUGUCAUGUUUUGAAAAAAAAAUAAUGUUUUGAACAUUUUAAUGUAAUCCAGCCUCGAGUUCUUUCACAGCGUGCUUUCCACGUUUUUAAAAGACUGUUUGUGUUGUCUGUUCCAUAAUAAUAAAAAAAUUGUAAAUACUUUUA